CUCUCCCCGAACCCUGGAGGCGUGUGAGCGGUAGCCAGCCUCUCCAGCGCCGCUCUCUUGUUGCGGGCGAUCCUAUCCAGCUGCUCCGGGGACAGAGGACACGGAGGCUGGCUCUCUGGCUCUGCUUCCACCGCAGCGCAUUUUCGCUUCUUCCGGAGGAUUUUGGUAUAUUGAGAAAAACACAGAGCCGGGAAAAGCUGUUCAUCAGUGUCCCUAAUGGAGCAGGUCCUUCGAGGACAGAAUAAACAUCUGUGCAGCAAUGAUGUCCCGCGUAGAAGUCCUAGAAAAAGGACUAAGAUGGAGGAGCAUGAGAGCAUGAAGGAGGAGGAGGACGCUUUUGAAGGGUUCCCGCAUCCUAUUCCUUGGCAAAAACUGGAAGCGGAAGGACUGGACUGUGAUUAUGCUUUACUCUUCACAAAGGAGGAGGCAGAUAAGCUUUUCAGACAGCUUGAGGAGGAGGUGGUGUACUCAACAGGAGAGGAAUCAAAGGUCCAGAUUUUCGGACAGGUUUAUGAUAUACCAAGAAAACAAGCGACCUAUGGGAAUGCUGGCCUUACUUACACUUAUUCAGGGGUAAAGCGUCUAGCUUGCCCCUGGACUCCGACCUUGGAGUAUAUCCGAAACGCAGUCACAGAUGCAACCGGCCAGAGUUUCAACUUUGUGUUGAUCAAUAGGUACAAAGAUGGACGAGACCACAUGGGGGAGCAUCGGGACGACGAGAAGGAGCUGGACCCCUCCUGUCCCAUUGCCUCUGUCUCUUUAGGAGCAGCUAGAGACUUUAUCUUUAGACACAGAGAUGCUAGAGGGAAACAGAGCAGCCGACAAAUUGAUCCUGUGAAGCUGGAGCUUGCUCAUGGAAGUCUGCUCCUCAUGAACCCUCCGACAAAUACCUACUGGUACCACAGCCUCCCUGUUCGGAAGAAGGUCCUCUCGCCUCGCAUUAAUCUCACCUUUAGACGAAUCCUGGUGGACAUCAAAAAAACAAUAAAAAAGGAAAAUAACAGCAAGGACCCAGGUUAGAGAGCUAAUUCUGAAAAAAAAAAUUUCUGUCAAACUAAAUAAAGACUUAAAAGAAC